UAAAACUUUGACAGCGACACAACAACGGCAACGAUGGGGGCCGCCAUCAUGAAGAAACACAGAGCAGCACUUGUGAUUUUUGUGCUUUUUCUUUGUGUUUUGAAUGUAUACGGGCAAUCCACAACACCGCCCCCGGCACAGAAGCCUCAGCUGAAUUCUAAAGACUAUAUCAAGAUGAUACAACAGGGUAUACAGCUAUUGAACAGCUCACUUUCUGCAAACGCUCUACAGCAACUGUCCAAUUUCACAUCGUUGCUGCCAGUGAUGAACGCGCAAAAUUUGAUGAAAAUUCUUCAAAGUUUAAAUAUAAAUGUGCCAAACUCUUCACAAAUUGGUGGCGCGCUCAAGUUUAUUCAAGGAGCAUUAUCUGCAGGAACUUCCCAACAGAACAACGGCACUAACUUCAACCCUUUCGCAAAAUCACAGAAAUACUUGAACUUGAUAAGCCCCGGAUGUAAAGCUGCUUUGGGUGUUCUCGGCUCGCAGGUGAUGCAGCAAAAACAAUGGGCAUUGCAAGUGAUUGACUCCUGGGGGAAGCCACACUCUGGUCUUUUACUCGGAAACACUCGCUUGCUCGGAUCCUACGAUCAGUGUUUAGCUAUAGAGCCCGGGGUAUACGAAGUAACCUACUGCGCAGCCAAUGUUCCUGUCCCAUCCAUCUAUGAAGGCGCAAAUGUACUGUUUGGAAUGUGUCUUCCGAAGUUAUGUACUGAUGCAGACGUAUACGUUAUCGCUGAUGCAAUGCUUGCGUUAAUUCCCAUGAGUACACCACCAAUUUCCAACUUCGCCGGAUGCAAGAAAGAUAUUGAAUAUGACACACGAGCUAUCAUAGCUAUAUGUGUGUGCUGUUUCUUCCUCGCUCUGAUGAUAUUUGCCACUAUAUUUGACGUGUUGUUCGUGUGUCCUGAACUGAAAAGAUUAGCUAAGCCACCUGUUGUAGAGGCAGAGGACGUUGUCAGUAAAACAAAGAACGGGUUAUCUCACAUCCCGCCAAGGGAGAAUGGAGCCAGUCCCCAGGAUGUGGAGAUUGAAUUCGCCAAUGUGAAAGGACCAAUUCAAACAAACGGAACCCAUGCAGGAUCAAUGUACAAACUCCAUGACGAACCUGUCCAAACAAAUAUAAAAGUGCCGUCUAACUAUCCUGGAUUAUGUGCAAAAUUGGUUUUGUCCUUUUCUGUGUGGACCAAUGGGAGGAAGCUGCUUAGUACAGAACAAGCUGGGGGAGCACUUGGAGCUAUCAACGGUAUCCGGUUUCUCAGCAUGACAUGGGUCAUCCUAGGACACACUUACGGAUUCGUUGUGGCUUCCUCGAACAUUGAGAACAUGACAUCGUUCUACAACCAGAUGCUGAAGCGGCGAAGUUUCAUGGCUAUAGCCAAUGCCCUCCUGUCAGUGGAUACCUUCUUUGCCUUGAGUGGUCUCCUAGUAUCCUACGUGUUCAUGAAGGAGAUGAAGAGAGAGAAGGGUCGUAUUAACUGGUUCAUGUUCUACUUUCAUAGGUUCUGGAGAUUGACACCACCUUACAUGUUAGUGAUGAUGAUGGACAUUGCUCUAUUCCGUUACGUUGGCGAUGGACCUACUUGGAAUCCGAAUGGAAUCGAAAAUGACUUCUGUAAAGAAACCUGGUGGACCAAUCUUGCUUAUGUGAACAAUGUUGUCAAAGAUGACAAAAUGUGUUUUGCCUGGUCCUGGUAUCUGGCCAAUGAUAUGCAGUUUUACGUCAUCAGUCCUCUUCUGCUAGUUCCACUUUACUUCUCGAAAAAGAUCGGAGGAUUCGUCAGCAUGCUAUUUUUGAUUGGAGUAACAAUAGUUAGCGCCGUGAUUUCUGUCCAUUUUGAACUUCCAUCGGUGCAGUUCUCCUUAAAACCCAACCCUCACGCUGCCGACUACUUCCCUAAUUACUACAUCAAACCCUACUGUCGCAUGGGUCCCUACAUCAUUGGAAUUAUAGCGGGCUAUAUCCUGUACAGGACUGGAGGCAAAUACAAAAUCAAAACGCCAUUGAACCUUUUCAUCUGGGCAUUUAUGACCACCCUGGGCUGUUUAGUGGUGUAUGGUACCUACGAGGAGACUAAUGGUAACGCCAUGAGUGUUGGCGUCGCGGCCCUUUACAACGCUGUUCACAAAACUCUUUGGGGCGUGUGUGUCUGCUGGGUCGUGUUCGCGUGCGUCACUGGAAACGGAGGAUACAUUAACACUAUUUUGUCCUGGAGUCCGUUCGUCCCCCUCGGACGUCUGACGUACUGUGCCUACCUCGUCCAUCCACUGGUCAUGUACGCAUAUUACAGUUCGCUAAGACAAGGGAUAUAUGGGACAGAUUUUAACAUUAUCUACCUGUUCAUGGGACACCUGGUCAUUUCGUACAUGGUGGCGUUUGUGAUUUCCCUUGCGUUCGAGUCUCCGAUGAUGGCACUCGAGAGGACAAUCCUCAAAAAGGACAGAAAGAAAAACAAAUGAUCGCUGAAAAGGAGCCUAAUAUAAUACACAGAACAAUUCAGUUUCUGUUAGAGAAUCAGUUACCGAAAGUUGACGACAUAUUUCAUAUGGUAAAGGACCAUUCUUGAAGAUGGUCAAAUGCCUGCAAAUUCAGCGUUCAUGUUAAUCAUGUAGUCCAAACAAAUGAUUUCACAAACCUUGCUAUAGUUGUUGUUUGAAAUAAUACAUCACUUCUGAUAAUACAUUCAUGGAUUUGCAAUAAGUAUUUGUCAAAAUAGAACAACCUUUAUGAUAUAUAAAAGGAUUGGCAAUGACUGUUUGUCAAAGGUUAUACAACACUUCUGAAUAUUGAUCAAGGCAUCAGAAAUGGAAACACACAUAACUUAAUUACAUGUACAUUUCCCUUUUAUAUGUAACAAAAUACAUAUAAAUGUAUGUCUUGCAUAAACCUUGAAUCAGUAAUAUUUUACCUGAUGUUUCCACGUGCCCUUUGGUAUCUGUGGUUAAUCACCUGUAUACAUAUUAUUUUCAGUCUUUCCGUAUCAAUGCAUACCAGCUGUAUAUAUGUAAUCAGUCUUCGUCUCACUCCUUGGUUAAAUUAGACAGUAACUCUGUGAUUUGUGUUAAUGUUUUCCUUUUCCCUGUUUCUUUUGAGUAUAUAUCGAUAUAUAUAAAGUAUAUAGAU